AUGUCCACCGCCGCGGACGCCGACGCCGACUUCCACAACUCCGACGGAUCCGUCAUGCCCGACGUCCUCGCCAAGGGCCGCGAGGCCUGCUACAAGGCACGGGAUGCCUUCUACGCGUGCGUAGAGAAGCACGCGGACAAGAAGCCCACCGAGAUCGCCACCGUGGGGCUCCUCUACCCCGCCGACUGCAAGAAAUCCCGCGCCAACUUCGUCAGCAACUGCCGUCCCACCUGGGUGAAGCACUUCGACCGGCAGUACUGUGCCAAGAAGCGGGUGCAGAGGCUGCUCGAUGGCGAUGAAGACCGCCGGGGCCCCAUCUCGCUACCCCAGCCCUACACCUUCAAGCAAUAG